AUGAUUGCUGCCUGUCAUCCGCUUGUUUCCCCAUUUGAAAAGACUGACACGACCCCUGUCUCGUUAGAAGCUAUUGGUUAUAUCAGAUUCUUUCAGAUACAAAUUGAGGCUCUUAGCCUACCAUACUUGAGCAAUGGACCUGGAAACACAAGACAACCAUAUUCAGUUCAAAGAGAUAAGAAUUGUUUAUUUCUUAAAGAUCCUGGUAUGGAGUUGGCCAAAUUAUGUGUUAGUGAAAAUGUUCCAGUUGUUCCAAUCCCAGGUCCUUGUGCUUUGGUAUCUGCUCUUUCUGCCUCGGGUUUAUCCACUGAUGAAUUUACAUUUGUUGGUUUUCUUCCAAAACAUUCGGGAUCAAGAAGAAAAAGACUCAUGGCUUCGGCGGAGCAAACAACAACACAAAUAUUUUACGUUCCUCCUCACAAGCUUUCUCAGUUUCUCGAAGAGGGUUCAUCAAUUUUUGGUGAUACAAGGAAAUGUGUUAUUGCUCGAGAAAUGACAAAGUUUCAUGAAGAGUUUUGGCGCGGAUCACUUGGUGAAGCCAACCAUGUAUUUUCUACUCAUCUGCCAAAAGGAGAACUUACCAUAUUGAUUGAAGGGCAAGAAAAUUCUAAAGCUGAACCUCCGUCUGACACAGAACUUGAGAAUGAGCUAAGAGGAUUAAUUGAAAAUGGUGAGAGUCUUUCCACGGCUGUUAAGCUGGUUACUGGAAGAACAUCAGCCAGUAGAAAAACUAUAUAUUCACUUGCUUUAAGAAAAUUUGGCAAGGAACUUGAAGUGGAAGAUGAUUCUAGUUAGCAGCAAAUUCUUCCUAGAGGAACACGAACCAGAU